GCACGUUCCAGAUCAAGAGAUUCUGGGCACGCUGAACAGGAUGCACCUCCGACGAGACGACGAAGAUGGCGUCGCACAAGCUGCGCUGGACAUGAAGUCAGAAACCACCAAGGGCCCUUGGAUGUCAUGCGUUGAUCAUGGGGUGUCGUGUCAAGUUCUCUAGAGCCAGGUGGUUUCCUGGGCAAGAUAGAUGGGUCAUCACAACAUGGUCGCAAAAACGGUGGCACAGCCUGCAGGACCAUCUCUAUUGCCAACAUAGAUAUGGAUCCAUGCUACGUCAAGCAGACUCGAUGUCAGCGUCCGGUUCUACCGGGCAUGGCUGGUCACACGUAUCAUGUUCAACAGGACGGGUCAUCGAUGCCAUACUGGAGGCUACCCGAGGCCACCCACGGGGUAGGGGUCGUAAGCAUCCCCUACACAUAAGGGAGGAAAGCAAGUCAGAAGUAUUCCGUCAGUCCAGAAGUCUGGUCGUAGCGGCUGCAUCGAUGACCGCACGGAAAGUUCGCGUGCGCGUGAGAAGUUGGCAUGUGAUAUGUGUGACACGAUUUGCCAUGCUUUAUGUCAGCCACUGAUGCGUUUGACCCAUCUGCAGCUUGAAAUACCCAUCGUGAGAGCGUUCAGAACGUGUUUGUCCCUGUCGACGUGAUUGCACAAACUCGGCCGUGGAACAGUGGCUGGCCCGAUGCUACAUCUUGUGUCUCGAUAUGCCAUAUUGAUGCCCACUCCCAGGACUCACCGACCACGCUGAACAAAGAAACCAGAUGGUACUUACGGCGGAGGCUCGUCGUCUGAGGUGUGCCUCACUGACCAAUAAGGGAGGUGAUGUACCGCCAGUAUCACCUCGGUGGACCUGAGCUCUUGGUAUAAAGGAGUGCUUCGCCUCCACGAGACAAAUAUGGCUGCCGAAAUCGUCCUCCACAUCAGAAGACGGACUCAGCUUUCUACUCCCACACUCAACCCAC